AUGGCACCAGAUAACGCGCAUCCUCCCUUGUCAAGAAGGCAAACGUCAAAGGGCGAUGCCUUCCGCGACUAUGCUAGAUUGAGAUUCGAUAAGCGCGCCGAAAUAUAUGGCCCUAUGACGGAAGAGCAGAGCCGAAUUAAGAAGAUUAUAGAAGAGGAAAAAAGACGAAUUAGCAAGAUUAGAGGGAGAUUUAAUGGUAACGAGUCGAAGUCGAAGCUUUUUAGAAAUGUCGCGGAAUCGCGAAAAGCUUUGAUUCCACAUUUAAAGGAGACUGCUACGGCACGACGUAUUUUCGAUCACAAAAUGAGUAUUGCCCAUGCAGAACAAGAAGCAGAAGGCGACAAUCCCCCAACGAAUCUGACAUUGAGUGGAUUGAACGAGCCUGUGGAGGAGUUCAAAGCUGGCGUCAUGUAUUUCGAAAAAGAAGACGACAAGAAAUGGCAAGCAAACCAUAUGGAGUGGAUAGAGACGGCAUUAGAAAAAUACCAUAAUGUGAAUAGCAAUGACGGAGAACCCCAAGACGAAGAUGAUCAAACAAUGGAAGCAACUGAUUUCAAAAGUCAACUGCUGUCUCGCGAGUACUGGCGAGGGCAAUUGCAUGGUGCUGGGAUUGGGAAAGACUUAAUUCACUUGCGGUAUAUGAGGCCUCGAUGCGCCCACAUUUCAGGUUGGUUGUUCCAGAGAGUGGCCGAAUAUGCAAAUAUUAACCCACCCGACAUAGAAGACCACACGGAUCAUAGCGCUCCGUCAAAUAUCGCCGUCUUUCUCCCAUAUCUACAUUGGGAAACAAAUCGAAGACGAGCAAAAAUGACACAAAUAGUCCAGGAGGUUGUUGAGGACAAUAGGGCUUCUCUGAACUCCCGCUUUAUCGAGCUUGCAGGGGUUAAAGCACCUUGUCUUCGCCCAAAGUUUAAUCGAAUGCUCAUUCCAAGUAAAAUUGGACUGUAUCUCUAUGAUAUUGCACAAAUCUGGGAUGCCAUGGACUAUGAAGCAGACGAGCGGUUACUUCGACAGAGCUUUUCCGAGCCAGAGCAAGAUGGCCCUUCGGGGGUUAAAUGGGAACCUCCAUUACACAUUCGCCGAACGUUGGAUCAGUCGUUUUUCUCAACGGUGGAAGACACAACUGCCAGAGAUACAGAUCAGGUAGUAUAUCGACAAACAAGAGCGAGGAAACAGAAGCAUCAUUCAGAAGAAUUGGAUGACACGAGCUCCACUAGCGGUACUAUAACGUCCCAGCGAGAUCCGUUUAAUGAGUCUACACAAAAUACCGCCAUUGCGCCGACCAUUGGCACGACAUUUGGAAGUACUAGUUCUUCAGAUACAGCUAAGAAGAAGAAGAUAAUGAAAUUGGUUGGAGUCACUCGAGUUGUCAUGGUCGACCAGCUGUGGAUGUGGAUACUUGGAGAAGCCACUCUGAUCAUCGAUCAAUGUUCAAAGGUUUUCUUUGACCGGACACAGCCAACAGAUGAUCGACCAGAGGUGAUGGAUCUGUUUGCUCAAGCCAUUGGGAAUGUAGCUAAUAGUACUACAUCGGCCUAUAGCCUUUUUUGGGCCAACGUCAGUCUUCAUUCGUCGUUUAAGAAGAAAGAGGAGAAGCAUAUGAACCCUGUCAAAAGAUGGCUCGAAUGGCUUGAUCCCAACCCAGAGAAGCACAAGACCCGUGCCGAGGAAUCGUUCAAAUAUCUGAAUAUUAAUCCAGAAGGCAUCUUGCUAAAAGAAGCCCAGGAUAUUACAGAAGAAUUAAACAUCAAUAUGGAGGAAGUGGACAAUUUGGUCGAGAUAAUAACAAAUCGAGCCGCUGAAAUUGAGGAUCUUCAAAAAGCUGUAACUCGCACAAACGAUCAGCAAGAGGCUAGUAUUGUUGAAGCCAGGACUGCGCUUGAACGGGCGGAUGAAACCAUUAAACAGGGCCGAGCCAUCAUGGCAUUUACCAUCGUCACUAUCUUCUUUCUCCCGCUUGGAUUUUUCAGCGGUCUCUUUGGAAUGAAUAACAAAAAGUCGACCGGUGAUGAGUGGAUGAGUCUCGGAGAGCAGAUUAUGUAUAUGUUUAGCAAUGGAAUCACCAAAAAGUGA